CGAAAACAAGGCUCUCCUCGCAUAAUCGUACCCGUCCCAGACACACGUAACCUUAAACUUCGCAGUCGCCCCCUCUCCCGGGACCGCUCGAACCGGGCACAGAGCAGCCAUGUCGGCGUGGUACAGCAACAUCGUCGGCGCGACGAGCUCGAAGAUCUCGAACCUGCAGCGCACGUUCCUCAACAGCGAAGCGGACGGCGACACCGAGGACGACACCCACGUGUGCCGCGUCCUGCGCUCGUACUAUAUCGAGAAGGGGCAGCCGCUGCCCGGCUGGCUGCCGCCGGACCCGAAGGCCCCUCCGCCCGUCGCCGCCGUGUACUCGCAGCCGCAGGCCAUGGGCUCGCGCUACGGCGGCCUGACCCAGCAGCCCCAGGGCGGCGGCCUCAGCUCCCUCUGGGACAGCAAUCCCGUGUCGCAGCCGCAGGACGCGCAGAGCCUGCGGAGGGGCCGGGGUGCGCCGCCAGCCGCGAGGAUGGGCGCGGAUCCGAGGGGCAGCGGUAGUAGUAGUAGCAGCAACUUGCUCCGCAAUGACGACGUGCCCGCGCGCCCGCUGCCGAGUCAAAGGGCGGGCAGCUACCAGAACACCGGCGGAGGCGCGUAUGCUAGGGACACGGGGACGGCGCCCCCGGCUAUGGGGGGCUCGGCGCAGGACCGGCUGAAGCAGAGGCUGUUCGGGGGUUCGCGGACGGCGAGUCCCGCGGGGAGCGGCCCGUUUAACCCGCCACCGCAACAGGGCGGUGGUGGAGGUGGAGGUGGCUACGAGGAUAGGUUCGCGCCUGGGGGCAUGUACGAUGGAGGGUCGGGAGGCAGGUCUGCGGGGAGACGGGCGGGCAUCUCCGGCGGCGGCUUGCCGAGCGGGCCGAGAAUGAGAUGAUAGAGCGAGCGAUUCGAUGCGAUACUACUCUGUACUACAAACAAACGGCUGCGCCCCCCUUUUCCCGGUCCGCUCGAUUUCG